AUGACCCUUAAAGGAUUAUUCAACGCAAUUCAAUACACUCUCAACAACUGCAAACCAGAUCAGCCUACUGUAAGAUGCAUCCAACCGAAGAUCGAUUUUGGAAGCAGGCAACUUAAUGGUCUGUUUGGUUGUGUUGACGAAAAUGGGUUUUGCACGCCAGAUCACGGUAUCACGGAGAUCGUGGGUGAUCCGGGAUCGGGCAAGUCUCAAUUACUCAUGAACCUCGCCGCUUCUAUACUUUCAUGCAACCCCGAUGUGUCGGUCUUGUAUAUUGAUACUGAGAAUUGCAUAACGAGAAUGCGGAUUCAAGAAAUGAUGACUCAACCCUUAGCUAAGCACCAUCGAUCAGGCUUAGACGAUCUGGCUUAG